AUGUCUUCCCAAAACACAGACCAGGCCGACUCCUCUCAAGCCCUCAAAUGCGUUGAGUCUCGCCUUGCCAACGAGGAGGAUCGCACCGCACUUAUCAGCAGAAUCAACGCCGUCAUCGCUUUCAACAUCGGUAGUGAAUCUUGGUCUGUCGAUCUCAAGCAGACGGGCACAAUUUCUAAGCCUGCAAGCGAGAGUCGCGACAUGACUAUAACUGUCUCUGACGAAGAUUUUAUGAAAAUACACAACAAGAAGCUCAAUGCUCAGAUGGCAGGAAUGCAAGGCAAACUUAAAUUUGAUCCUAAAGAUAUGGGACUGCUUCACAAAGUGGCAUACUUGUGGUAA